AUGUGGAGAACACUCGCAGGUGCAUUAAGAUCAAAACACGAUAUAUGUUUAACUGUUGCAACUAGCGGUAUAGCAUCAUUGUUACUUCCAGGAGGUAGAACUGCACAUUCAAAGUUCAGGAUACCGGUACCAACUAUGGACAAUUCUACUUGCAAGGUUGAAUUCAACGAUGAUGUCGCAGACAUGUUACGACAGACAAAGCUUAUAAUAUGGGAUGAGGCACCAAUGGCGCAUAAGUAUGCAAUAGAAUCGCUUGACAGAACUUUGAAAGAUGUUAUGAGUGCAGACAAAAAUUCAACUGAUGUAUUCGGUGGAAAGGUUGUUGUUUUCGGGGGCGAUUUCAGACAGAUUUUACCUGUCGUCCCCAGAGGCAGUCGUUCCGAUAUUGUACACUGUGCCAUAAAUGCAUCUUACAUAUGGCAUUCAGUUGAGGUAUUAACAUUGACAAGAAACAUGCGGCUACGAACAGGAUCAACACAGACUGACAAAAAUGAGAUAGCACAGUUUUCAGAUUGGCUUUUAAGAAUAGGAGAGGGCCGAAUAUCUGAGCCUAAUGACGGCACCGCCGAAAUCAACAUACCACCUGAUAUUCUGAUAACAUAA